UUGUGACUGUGGUAACUAGUGACGACCGGGAAACACAUUGUUUAUGUCGCGUUGAUGCGAGCGGUGAAUUGCUAAGCGGUAGGAAUCUCAGGGAUAAUGUUUUUCAUCAUGUUCCUGAUCAAGUCCAAGGGGAGGAACAAGUAACUGUAAGGACUAGUUAGACAAUGCUGCAUCUUCUGCGUCUUCGUCCCUUCCGGAGGCCUCUCUCCUCUGUCCUUUGGAGGACACUAUGCUGCACCUCCUACUCCACCCAGCAGCCCCACUCCCUCCAGGGCUCCCUCCCCCCAGAGACCCGCCGGAACCCUCUCAACAUCCAGAUGCUGUCCCAAAACCUCCAUGAGCAGAUCUUCCGCGGCGCAGAGCAGGAGUACGAGGACGAGAAGGUGGAGCGGAGCAUCAGGCACCUGCAGAGGCACCAGCUGUGGGGAAAAGAAUCCUCCCUGCUGCCUGGUGUGGAGCUCCAGCUGCCCCACAUGUACGGGGAGGACAUCAACGGCCACUUCCGCAUACUGGCCCAAAAGCAGAGCCUACCCUACCUGGAGGCUGCCAGUAAGCUCCAGCAGGCCCCGCUGCCCCCCAUGCCCCAGGACUGGGUGUGGGAUGUGGGCUGGAUGCGCUACGGGCCGGGUGGGGAGGCCAGACGGGUUGACUUCCCAGACGAGGCAGGCCUGGUGUUUGACGUGGAGGUGUGCAUGGCGGAGGGACACUGUCCCACGCUGGCUGUGGCCGUGUCCCCCACUGCCUGGUACUCGUGGUGCAGCAAGCGUCUGAUAGAGGAGAGAUACUCCUGGUCCAGCCAGCUGACCCCUGCUGACCUCAUCCCCAUGGAGACCCCAACCAACUCCAGCCGCCCUCCGGGAGGCCAGUGGAGGGAGAGACUGAUUGUGGGCCACAACGUCAGCUUUGACCGGUCUUACAUCAAGGAGCAGUACCUGCUGAAGGGUUCUAAGGCUCGUUUUCUGGACACCAUGAGUCUCCACAUGGCCAUCUCUGGUCUGACUGGGUUCCAGCGCACGCUGUGGAUGGCCAACAAGCACGGCAAGAGGCGUGGCCUCCUGGAGGUCAAAGAGCAUAUGAAGAAAGUGGGCCGGCCUGGGCGGAAGGAAGGGCCCAUGAUCGGCUCAUGGGACUGGGUGAAUAUCAGCAGCAUCAACAACCUGGCUGAUGUGCAUGCUCUGUAUGUGGGAGGGGAGCCACUGCAGAAGGAGGCCAGAGAGAUCUUCGUGAAGGGCAGCAUGGCUGACGUCAGGAACAACUUCCAGGAGCUGAUGCAGUACUGCGCUCUGGACGUCCAGGCCACUCACCAGGUGUUCUGUGAGCAGCUGCCGCUCUUCAUGGAGAGGUGCCCUCAUCCAGUGACGUUUGCAGGGAUGCUGGAGAUGGGCGGGUGCUACCUACCUGUCAAUCAGAACUGGGGGCGGUACCUGGAAGACUCUCAAGACACGUUUGAGGAGCUGCAGAGAGAGAUGAAGAAGAGUCUGAUGAGUCUUGCGGACGACGCUUGUCAACUGCUGCAGGAUGACAGGUAUAAGGAGGACGCCUGGCUUUGGGAUCUGGAAUGGGAUGUCCAGGAGUUCAAGCAGAAGAAGGUGACCGUCAGCAAGAGAAAACGCUCCGAGGCUGAGCCAGCACCCAGCACACCACUGAGAGACUGGGACCAGGACCCAGGUCCCCCCACUGAGGAGGAGAUGGCAGGGCCGUGCCCAAGUAGGGAGGCUCUGGAGAGGCUGAAGGAGAUGGUCAGCCGGCUGCCCAAGAGGAGACAGCACCUGCCUGGACAUCCUGGGUGGUAUCGUAAGUUGUGUGUGAAGAUGUCGGAGGAGGAGAGCUGGUCGCCGGGGGCCAGCCUGAUCAGUCUGGCGAUGCGGGUGACUCCCAAGCUGAUGGGGCUGACAUGGGAUGGCUUUCCCCUGCACUACACGGAGCUGCACGGCUGGGGCUACCUGGUGCCUGGCCGCAGGGACAACCUGAUGGAGCCCCAGGGGGAGGAGGAGGACGCCACGGAGCCUGUGUGCCCCCACAAGGCCAUAGAGAGUGUGUACAGAGAGUACUGUGAGCAGAAAGGUAAAGAGCAGCCUAGGUGUCUGGACAACGGCCUCUCUGAUGACCUCAUGCUGACCGACAGCACACUGUGGCAGACGGUGGAGGAGUUGGGUCGCUUGGAGAGUGUGUCAGAGGAGGAGAACGGUGGCAGGGUGAUGAGGAAGAGAAAUAAGGAAAUGCAGGAUGUUAAUUCUCUACCAGGUGAGAGUCACUGCCCCUAUCACCAUGGAAACGGACCUUACAAUGAUGUCAACUUUCCGGGCUGCUGGUUUUUCAAACUCCCACACAAGGAUGGAAAUGACAACAACGUGGGCAGCCCCUUCUCCAAGGACUUCCUGUCCAAGAUGGAAGACGGCACCCUGAGGGCAGGGAGGGGGGGCACCAACGCCACCCGGGCUCUGGAGAUCAACAAGAUGAUCUCUUUCUGGAGGAAUGCCCAGAAACGCAUCAGCUCUCAGAAGGUGGUGUGGCUGAGGAAAGGGGAGCUCCCUCGCGCUGUCAGCAGGCAUGAAGAGUAUGAUGAGGAGGGGCAGUAUGGCGCCAUCUUGCCCCAGGUCGUCACCGCGGGAACAGUCACCCGCAGGGCUGUGGAGCCAACGUGGCUGACUGCCAGCAACGCUCGGCGGGAUCGAGUGGGCAGUGAGCUGAAGGCCAUGGUACAGGUGCCCCCUGGGUACCACCUGGUGGGGGCGGACGUGGACUCCCAGGAGCUGUGGAUCGCUGCCGUUCUGGGAGAGGCCCACUUCGCUGGCAUGCAUGGCUGCACAGCGUUCGGCUGGAUGACCCUGCAGGGUAAAAAGAGCCAGGGCACUGACUUGCACAGCCGCACGGCUGACACGGUGGGCAUCAGCCGCGAGCAUGCCAAGGUCUUCAACUACGGACGCAUCUACGGCGCUGGGCAGCCCUUCGCCGAGCGCCUGCUCAUGCAGUUCAACCACCGCCUCAGCCAGCCAGAAGCCGCCAGCAAGGCCCGGCAGAUGUAUGCCCUCACCAAGGGCCUACGCAGGUACCGUCUGUCUGAGGAGGGUGAGUGGCUGCUGAAGGAGCUGGAUGUGGAGGUGGAGAGGGACGAGGACGGGAGCGUCUCCCUGCAGGAGCUCCGCCGGAUCACCAGACUGGCCUCCCAGAGUUCUCGGAGGAGGAAGUGGGAGGUGGCGGGCCAGCGUCUGUGGGCUGGUGGUACGGAGUCAGAUAUGUUCAACAAGCUGGAGAGCAUCGCCCUCUCAGCCCAGCCGGCCACCCCCGUCCUGGGCUGCAGGAUUAGCAGAGCCCUGGAGCCUCAGGCCGUCAAGGACGAGUUCAUCACCAGCAGGGUGAACUGGGUGGUGCAGAGCUCGGCGGUGGACUACCUCCACCUGAUGCUGGUGGCCAUGCGCUGGCUGAUGGAGGAGCACGACAUCGACGGACGCUUCUGCAUCAGCAUCCACGACGAGGUGCGCUACCUGGUCUGCAGCGAAGACCGCUACCGGGCAGCACUGGCCCUGCAGAUCACCAACCUGCUCACAAGGUGUAUGUUUGCCCAUGCACUGGGCAUGCAGGACCUGCCCCAGUCAGUGGCCUUCUUCAGUGCCGUGGACAUUGACCAGUGUCUGAGGAAGGAGGUGACCAUGGACUGUGUGACUCCCUCCAACCCCACAGGGCUGGAGCGCAGAUACGGCCUCCCACAGGGUGAGGCUCUGGACAUAUACCAAAUCAUCGACAUCACCAAAGGCUCUCUGGGGAAAGGGAGAUAAGAGGGUGAACCGACCAGUCCUCUAUUGUCUAGUGAGUGCAGCCAGAGGCAUCAUGGGAUAAAGGUCCUCCAGGGCUGCCCCAACCCAGGCACUGAGUCAUCAGACCAAUGACGUCAAUGGGAACUACUGGUUCUAUGCAGGGUCAUAAGGCACCAAACAGAAGAAAACAGUCUGCAGCGGGCGGUACUAUAUUGUUUUUGGCUGCAUUAUUUUUUGCUACAGUUAGCCCAAAUGAACACAACCCAUCUCAGUGGAUCAUCAGAACGCAUCCGGAUGAAUGUAGGCUGCUCCAGACUGGUUAAGAGAGGAGUGUAUUAAGUGGUUAAGAGGGAGAAAGAUGUAUUGUUUUCCAUCACUGCUUCCUCUUCUUCUUGGGCUCCUGGCUCUGCUGUGGCUGCUGAGAGGCUGUGGGCUAAAGAAGGAAGAGAGACAAAGCAGCACUUACAUGUAUCCUCCUCAACACACAAUUGAAUACUGACGAAAUGAAUGACUUCAGCUCAGACCAUUGGGUCUGGGAAAAACAUAACGAGAACCAAAAGAAAAAUGAUCCAUGGAGUUAUAACUUAUAAACGUGAUGUGUGCUAUUGACCCCUGUAGAGUGAACAGGACGAUAUGAGGAAUGCGGGAGUAUGGACAGGACUAAUAAAGCGUAAGUAAAUUUGGUGUGAUGGAGCUGAGUGAAUAGGACACUAAACCAACGUUUUGGAUAGCUGUCAUGUAUGUGUAUAUAUAUAUAUAUAUAUAUAUAUAUAUGCUUCAUGUACUGAAUAAGGUUCACCUACACAACACACAGAAACCCGUUUAUCUUGUUGUAGUUACAAUAAUGCAUGGUUAGUUUGAGAGAUGUUCUGUUACUGAAAAGUCCCACAAGGCUCUGUAUCUUCUAUUGAGUGUCCUCAUUUUCAGAUCUUGCUUUAUGUUUGGUUACAACUAGACACUUCCAUUCAAUUUGAGACAAUCUCCCAUCCCAAAGCACUCCCAUACAUACCUUUUGAUUUCUUGGAGAGGGUGAUUAGGUAUUUCUCGUACUGCUUUAUACUGGCCUUGGUCUCACACAGGAGUUUGGCCUUGAGAAUGGGAGAACAGUACACAUGGUUUUAGUUAGACCAAGGCUCAAAAUAUCAAUUGAAGUGGUUGGCCAUUUCUUUGUAUCUGUAAAUAAACGCAUGUAACAGAAACUCCGUA